UCCACGGGCGUGUUUGUUUGUGGCGUGGAAACGGCGGGACAUGUCUCCUUACCGAAUGGACAGAAGUGAGGAGAGCAGGACGGUGGUGGUGUCCGGUGUGCCCGACGUGUUGCCCUCUGCCCGGAUGACCGAUAAACUGACCGUGCACUUCCAGAGCCGCCGGAGGAGCCACGGAGGGGACGUGGAGGUGGUCCGGUACCCCACGGACCUGCACGGAGUUGCGUUUGUUACCUUUGACAGAGAGGAAGAUGCAGCAAGGGUGAUUCAAAAGGAUCAACAGAUCAUGACAGACAGAAAGUUUCCCAAAGACUAUCCUCUUACUGUUUUCCCUUUUACCACAGAAGUGUUUUACUAUGUCGCCAAUGCAACAGUCGAUCUGUCCAUGUUCGGUAGUGAUCAGUCGUCAGUGCUUCGUAGUCUGCAGUCAGCACACAGGUCAGUACGUUUUCAGCACCAGCCUGAGCUGAGAAAAGCUACGAUCGAGGGUCCUUUCAGUGCCGUCCAAGCCCUGAGAGAGAACCUCAUCAGCAGGACCGGCCGGCUUCAAACCCUAGUCUUAAAUCAAACUGCUUCGUCCAGACUAAGAGAAACUCUCCUUAAUCCAAGGGCAGUAUCUCAUCACGAGCUUGUCGGCUCCCUAAGCUGCAGCGGUUCUAAAGCUAAUCUGAAAGCAGCGGGCUCUAACAGCUUAUCAACGCCACUGCAGAGCACAGGUGAGGCAGCAAAAGUCCAAAGCCUCUUCUCAAAUGCAAACACGCAAAACUCUGCCACAAGGCAAAAAGUUUACAUUGACAUUUCAGGUGCAGGAGGCUUUACCUGCUUGGACAGGUAUGAAAAAGAAGAGCAGGGAGCUCAAGCCAGGUCCAGGCCAUCCCCUGUAAUCACACAGGACAAAACAGGAUCUGUGAAAUAUAGGAGUGAGCGGGCAAAGGCCGAGCCCAGACAAGUGUUAGGUGAGAUCAGUGGAAGGAUUACAUUUUCCUUAUCAGGCCUGGACCGGUUCCCUACUGAGGAAAUAUCAGCAAAACAGCCAGGAGUAAACUGCAUUUCAGAAAAACACAGCAGACCAGACAGGACUUCAGCAGCCCCAACUGGAAGUGAGUCUCUGAGGGGCCACUGCACUACGGACUAUCUGAAGCCGUCCGAUAAACUCCUCCAAAUCGCAUCUUCAGGCACUGAUGCUGCGGAUAGAAUGGAGUUAUCAGCAGAGGAUGAGAGCACUUGGGUUGAUUCUAACGUUUUCAAAUACAUUGAAACAUUCGAUAAGGAUGAGUUUGACAACUGCUUGAAAGGUCUUGACGCAUCCAUUACCUGCAUUGAAGGAUCUGAACUCACUCGGAUAUUGCUGACUGAUAAGCGAACCAUCGGGGUGACUUCAAGGGUCCAGGUGGCUUUGCAGCGCUUAAAGAACCUGGUGGAGUUACGACAGUCAAACCUGAGAGUCCAUUUAAUAAACUUUGAUGAGAAGGAGCAGCUUGACAACAACAAAGUGAUUGAGAUCUGUGAUUUUUGGAAUGCAGUCUUCACUGAUUGUCUGUAUACAUUAGAGGAUUCCUGCGUAAAAGUCGUGGGACCUUCUACAUCCAGUCAUCUGUUUUACAAAAGUCUGAAGGAUAAAGUAACUAAACUGAAAGACACAUUUCCCUAAAAUUAAACACUAAUAAAUGAGUGCACUGUAGUGAUUGGACACAGUGUGGCGCCAUUGUGCUACAUUUUAAUUUAGGAUAUAGAAAAGAGAAAUACAUGAGCUUCUGUUUAUUACUAAGAAAACUCUGAAUGUUUAGAACACCUUGAAUAAAAAAGAAACACUGAUAAUCUUUGUUUUUCUUCAUUUUAGCCUCUUUUGUUAGUGCAUGAGUUAAUAAUUAAGUCUUUAAACAGCAGGUCUUAAUCCAAAUGAUGUUCUCACAGCAGUGGGGAUAAGUCUUAAUUAACCUCCUCACAUCUUAAUUACAAAAGAUAAGCGUCUAAUUAAAAACAAAAAUGACAGAUGACAACCUGUCUCACACAAUCACAUCUUUCUGUUAUUUUUUCUGAAUUCAUUAUAUUCCGAUGUAGCUAAUUCAGUAGAUGAACUGGCAACAAAUACAGCUGGGUUUAUAUUCUGUCUUUUCUAUUUUUUUAUUUUAUUUUAUUUUAUUUUAUUUUUUUUGCAGAACCACACAUUAAACAAAAAUCUUGCACCAAACCAUCAGUACAUUAUACUUCUCAGAAAAAGGCAAAUACUCUUGCAAAAGACACCUGACCUGACACCAAACUGCAGGAAUGUGUUGUCAUUCAUGUACCCAUAAUGUGUUAACCCUUAUUGUAGCAACUGUCAAAUUAAUUUUUUCUCUUCAUUUAACCUUUCCUAAGUUAUUUAUCACCAUUUACUGUAAUGUUAUCCUCUGAAUUAUGCAUUUUUAGUGAAAAUUGAGUAUUUUCUUGUAUUUAAUUUACUCACAAUGUGGGUCAUUAAAGCUCAAGAGUCAAUCCGAAGGUUAUAUCAAAAUAGAGAAAACAAUGAAAUAUAUUGUUAACUACUUUUAAAGACAUUUACAACCAGUCAUUUCUCAAACUACAUGGGUUGUAUCUGUGUAUCAGUGUUUCCAUGUUCACUACAGAG